AAAAAUGCCUCCGCGUUCUAUCGUCAAGAAAUUUCUUGCAAGGCCACAGCAUGAAGGAUUUGGUGCCGUUGUCAGACGAAGCAUCGGAAGGUUUGAGUUGAGAUAUUUUGAUCCUUUUCUUGUUUUGGAUGAAUUCUCAGUUUCUGCUCCUGCUGGUUUUCCUGAUCAUCCACAUAGAGGCUUUGAAACGGUCACAUACAUGUUGCAGGGAGCUGUGACACAUGAAGAUUUUGAAGGUCACAAAGGUACAAUUAAAACUGGUGAUUUACAAUGGAUGACUGCUGGAAGAGGAAUUGUUCAUUCUGAAAUGCCAGCUGCUGAAGGAACUCAAAAGGGUUUACAAUUGUGGAUUAAUCUCUCCUCCAAACAUAAAAUGAUACAACCGCGAUACCAAGAGAUACCAAGUGAAAACAUAGCAGAAGCAACAAAAGAUGGGAUCAAGGUGAAAAUUAUAGCAGGGGAAUCACUAGGAGCAAAAUCAGCCAUAUAUACAAGAACACCAACAAUGUAUUUGGAUUUCACUCUAAAGCAAGGAUCACAUCUUCAACAACCAAUACCAAAAUCAUACAAUGCAUUUGUAUAUGUCUUGGAAGGUGAAGGUAUUUUUGGGCCACAUGAAGAAUCAUCAUCAAUAGGUGCACAUAAUCUACUUUUAUUAAGUGGUUCUGGUGAUGGGCUCGAGGCGUGGAACAAAUCAACUAAGCCAUUAAGGUUUAUAUUGGUUGGUGGUGAACCAUUAGGUGAACCAGUAGCACAAUUGGGGCCUUUUGUGAUGAAUACACAACAAGAGAUUGAUCAAACUGUUGAAGAUUUUGAUAAUUAUACUAAUGGAUUUGAAAAAGCUAAGCAUUGGAGGUCACAAGCUAGAAUUGGACUUGAUUAUUAGUGUCAAAAAAAUGACAAAAAUAGUUAAAUUAACUUUGGUAGUAGGUUCAAAAUAGUCCCUUUGGUAUU